CCCUGCCCCAGCGCCCUUGAGAGGAGGGUUGUGCCAGAGGACCAAACUUCCUAAAGUCGUUCUUGGAGUUUCUCUUCAGAUCGUGAAACUGCUGCUGUUCGAAAGACGCGGAUCUGAAGAAUGAAAACCCCGUGUAUUCUCGCGCUCAUUGGAGUGCUGUGGCGAUGUUGUGGCGCUCAACAGAGAGGUCUUUUCCCAGCAGUGCUGAACCUGGCCUCCAUGGCAGAGAUCACAGCCAAUGCAACAUGUGGAGAAACAGGACCAGAGAUGUACUGCAAACUCGUGGAGCAUGUACCAGGACAGCCUGUCAAAAACCCUCAGUGCAGGACCUGUAACCUGAAGAGUGAAAUUGAUUUAGAGCGGCAUCCCAUCGAGUACGCCAAUGACGGCACUAACAGAUGGUGGCAGAGUCCAAGCAUUAUGAAUGGGAUGGACUACCAUUACGUCACCAUAACCCUGGAUCUACAACAGGUGUUCCAGAUCGCUUAUGUGAUCCUGAAAGCAGCGAACUCCCCUAGGCCAGGCAACUGGAUUCUGGAACGUUCUCUGGAUGGUGAAACAUUUAUGCCGUGGCAGUAUUAUGCCAUAACUGAUACAGAGUGCAUUACACGCUUUAACAUCGUCCCCAGAACAGGUCCACCGUCCUACACCAAUGAUGAUGAGGUUAUCUGUACUUCCUUCUAUUCGAAAAUCCAUCCUCUGGAGAACGGUGAGAUUCACACAUCGCUGAUAAACGGCCGCCCCAGCGCUGACGAUCCCUCCCCCAUGUUACUGAACUUCACCUCCGCCCGCUACAUCCGCCUGCAGUUCCAAAGGAUUCGCACACUAAACGCUGACCUCAUGACCCUCGCCCUCAAUGACCCCAGAGACGUCGACCCCAUAGUCACCAGACGGUAUUAUUACUCCAUUAAGGAUAUAUCAGUAGGAGGCAUGUGCAUCUGUUACGGUCACGCUAAGGCCUGCCCUCUCAACCCAGACACCAAGAAAUUCAGCUGUGAGUGUGAACACAACACUUGUGGGGAGAGCUGUGACCGAUGUUGCCCCGGUUACAACCAGAAACCCUGGAUGGCUGGAACCUUCCUCACACGGCACGUCUGUGAAAAGUGUAACUGUCACAGUAAAUCAGAGGAAUGCUAUUUCAACCAGACUGUGGCUGAUGCUAAACUGAGUUUGAACAUUCAUGGAGAAUAUGAAGGGGGUGGAGUCUGCCUCGGUUGCUCCGAUAAUACAGGUGGGAUUAACUGUCAAUCAUGUGCGGACGGCUACUACAGACCGAGUUGGGUGAGUCCAGAUGAAGCCCACCCCUGCAGACCCUGCUCAUGUGACCUGAGAGGUUCACUGCACCCUGCAUGUGUUCCUGAUGACAGUCACGCCACCACAGAUAUUACUGCAGGCUCCUGCAUUUGUAAGCAGGGAUAUGCAGGUGAGAAGUGUGACAGGUGUGCGUUCGGAUACACGGGAUUUCCUCUGUGUGAGCGAUGCAACUGCAGCAGUGAGGGCAGCAUUAACCAGGACCCCUGCCAGCUGCCCUGUGUGUGUAAGGAAAAUGUAGAGGGAGAGAACUGUGACCACUGUAAACAGGGAUUUUAUAAUCUCCGUGGAGACCAUCUCCAUGGAUGCGAGAAGUGCUACUGUUCCGGGCUGGCUAGCCUGUGCACAGAAUCCCACUGGGACUACAGCAAUGUGACCGAUAUUUCUGGCUGGUAUCUAACAGGUGCAGAGGGAGAGGGGCUUGUGUGGGCGAUGUCCAGUAGAGACACACCCCAUCAAAUCACUGCAAGAGAAUCAGACGCUAAGCCUCACCUGAAAACACCUUACUACUGGAGUGCACCGUCUGCUUACCUCCACAAGAAACUCUUGGCAUAUGGAGGCAGUUUGGUUUAUAGCAUCUCUUAUGACACCGAAAGCAAAGAUAGCCCUGUUCAUAUCACCAGCGCUCCUGAUGUCAUUAUAGAGGGUGGUGGACUGCGUUUGAUUGGCAGCAGGUCUGGGGUGACAGUGUAUCCUUUCUCGGUAUCUGAGCGGAGGAUAGAUCUGCUCCCGGAAAGCUUUCAGCAUCAUGCCUCAGAACUGCCUGUCAGUAAGAAGGACUUCCACUCUGUCCUCAACAACAUCGAGCGUCUGCUCCUCAGGGCCUGCUAUGCUCAGGAACACAGCACCAUCUACAGGUUGGGUACAGUGAGCAUGAGUGUUGCGUCUCAGGACUUUCGCAGUGGCAUUCACGCCAAUGCUGUGGAAGUGUGUCAGUGUCCUCAUGGAUAUGACGGCACGUCUUGUGAGAUGUGCUCCAUAGGGUACCGCCGGGUGAACGGAACAGUGUAUCGUGGCGUGUGUGAGCUCUGCCGAUGCAACGGACAUGCGGAACGCUGUGAUGACAUCACUGGACAAUGCCUGGACUGUAAGCACCACACCGUAGGACCAAGCUGUGACCAGUGUGCUCCUGAUUACUAUGGAGAUGCCACCAAGGGAACAGCCAAUGACUGCCAGCCAUGUGCCUGCCCUCUACUGAUCCCAUCAAACAAUUUCAGCCCCACAUGUCACCUGGAUGCCAGGGGUGAUGUAAUCUGUGAUCGGUGCGAGCUGGGGUACACAAGUGCUCGCUGUGACAGGUGUGCUAAUGGCUAUUUUGGUCGUCCCACUGUUCCUGGUGGAUCCUGUCAGCCGUGUAUGUGUAACGGUAACCUGGACCGAACAGCACCGCUCAGCUGCGACCCAGUGACUGGAGCUUGUCUGCGCUGUCGUGAAGGGUACGGAGGGCCGGACUGUGAAAAGUGUGCAGAUGGAUACUUUGGAGAUGCCCUUCUAGCAAAGAAUUGCCAACCUUGUCAGUGUCACAUUAAUGGAUCGCUGACUGAGGUUUGUCAUCAGGAAUCGGGCCAGUGCCAGUGUCGACAACAUGUUGUUGGACUUCAGUGUGACGAGUGUUUGCCAAAUUGUUGGUGGGACAGUGAUUCUCAGUUGUGUAGGCCAUGUCAAUGCAGUGGGUGGGGCUCCAUGUUCCAGCGCUGUGACUCGGAAGGCAGGUGCAUCUGUCGGGCCGGUUACGUAGGCCACAGGUGUGACCUAAUGCGUCCGGCUCACACCCGCAGGGAGACACGGCGACCCGUCCAACAGGUUCCCAUUCAACACAUCCAGAGAUGGGAGAGCAGAGGGGGCUGCCCUCGAGGGGCGUUCCGCCCCAGUGCAGGGGCGGGCACACACAUGCAGGGCAGUCAAGGGUGUGUCCCAUGCCACUGUAAUUCGUUUGGAUCAAAGUCAUUUGAUUGUGAUGAUAGCGGUCAGUGCCGCUGUCAGCCCGGUGUAACAGGACAGAAGUGUGACCGCUGUGCUUCGGGACACUUUGGCUUCCAGGAGGGCGGCUGUACACCAUGCCAGUGUACUCAUAUAGGCAAUAACUGUGAUGCUAACACAGGUCAGUGUAUCUGUCCGCCCAACACCGUUGGAGAGAGAUGUGACAAAUGUGCACCCAACCACUGGGGCCAUGACAUCAGCACCGGCUGCAAGGCGUGUGGCUGUAAUGUGUUUGGGUCUGUGACGCAGCAGUGUAACAUAAACACGGGCUGCUGUAUGUGUCGUGAGCAGUUCAUGGGUGAGAAAUGCGACGAGUGUAAACUGGGUUACAGAGACUUCCCACAAUGCAUUACCUGCCAGUGCUCCUCAGCAGGCUCGUCUGCGGAGACCUGCGAUGCAGAUUCUGGCGUCUGCGCAUGUGCAGACAGAAGCGGGCAGUGCUCGUGUAAGGAUAACGUGGAGGGAGUGAGGUGUGACCACUGUAAGUCGGGCUCAUUCGGCCUCAGUCACAGGAAUCCACUGGGCUGCAGUCAGUGCUACUGCUUUGGGUUAAGCAGCUCGUGUACAGAGGCCACGGGACUCAUCCGUAUGUGUUUGACUCUGACGCCGGAGCAGACCGCUCUUCCUCUAGUUGACAAAAGCAAUGCACAGGAGAGCACAGCGGGCGUGAGCUUUCAGCAUCCAGACAUCAUCGCUAACGCUGAUGUGGUCCGUCAGCAUCUGAGUGAGCCGUACUACUGGAGACUGCCCAAACAGUUCAGAGGAUCUAUGAUAACGGCUUAUGGCGGCAAGUUGAAGUAUGCGAUUUAUUAUGAGGCCCGUGAUGAGACUGGUCGCACCUCCUAUGAGCCCCAAGUCAUCAUGAAGGGCGGCCCCAAAAGAGACAAAGUCAUUAUCCGUCACAUGCCAGCACUUCAGAUUGGCCAGCUGACUCGUCACGAGAUUGACGUGACAGAGCACGAGUGGAAACACAAGGAUGACAGGUCAAUGUCUCGUGAGGAUUUCAUGGAUGUGCUGUUUUAUGUUGAAUAUAUCCUGAUAAAGGCAUCACACGGCAACGUCAUGAGACACAGCAGAAUUUCUGAGAUAUCUGUGGAGGUGGCAGAAGUGGGCACCCCAUCAAAGGACAGUGAAAUAGCCCAUCAGAUUGAGAAAUGUGACUGUCCUCUGGGAUACGCCGGUCUUUCCUGUGAGGAAUGUGCGGCCGGGUUCUACAGACUGUCGGUGCACACCGGUGCCGCCUCGUUCAGAGCUGGCAUUGGCAGUUGUGUUCAGUGCCAGUGUAAUGGACACAGUGACUUGUGCAACCCUGAAACAUCCGUCUGCCAGAAUUGCCAGCAUAACACAGUAGGUGAGAAGUGUGAGAGAUGUGCUCCAGGCUUUUACGGUGUUGUGCGCGGCUUCCCCAACGACUGCAAACCCUGUGCGUGCCCACUCCUCAACCCAGAGAACAAUUUCAGUCCCAGCUGUCAGACGGAGGGUUCUAAUGAGUACCGCUGCACUGCCUGUCCUGAAGGCUAUCAGGGGAAACACUGUGAAAGGUGCGCUUCUGGUUUCCAUGGUAACCCGAAUGUGGUGGGAGGCCAGUGCGAGGAGUGUAAGUGCGACACUAAUGGUGCAUUUCCCACACCAUGUGAUACGCGUUCUGGGCAGUGCCAGUGCCGUCCCGGUGCUAGGGGACUCAAGUGUGACCAGUGCAUGGAGAGGCAUGUGUGUGGCCCAGAGGGCAUCGUGUCAUGUGAUGAUGACUGCGCGGGCCUCUUGAUCCGUGACAUGGAACGUCUGCUGCGUUUGAUUGGCAGUGUCAAUCUAACUCUGCCCCUCCCCCUGCCAUAUAAAGUGCUCUAUCGAUUCGAGAACAUGACAGAAGAACUCAAGCACAUGCUUUCUCCACAGAGGGCGCCAGAGAGGUUGCUACAGUUAGCCGACAGUAACCUGGGCAGCCUGGUCACCGAGAUGGACGAACUUCUCAGCAGGGCCACUAAAGUGUCUGCUGAUGGGGAGCAGACAGCAGCAGAUGCAGAGAGAAGUCACAAAGGAGCAGAGGACCUGGAGCGCUAUGUGAGGAACACACUCCUGGCUGCUGAAGCUUUACGUGACAAAGCUCGUGAGCUGAAUGCGACUCUGGGUUCGAGGAAUGGAGCUCCAGAGAAGAGCGUAAAUGAGAUAAACAAUGAAAUCCAAGCCAUGAUGGCAGAACUACGCAAACGUCAGCUCUCCAGAAAGAAACACAUAGCCGAGGAGGAACUUGGGGCCUCCGAGGCUCUUUUAGCUAAAGUGAAGCGUUUGUUUGGAGAUCCACACCAGGCCACAGAGGAUCUGAAGAAGGAGGUUAGUGAUAAGAUGGGCGAUUACAGGCAGAAACUCAAUGAAGCUCAGGAUCUGCUGCUGGAUGCUCAUAACAAAACAAGAGAGGCAGGAGCGCUAGCUGUUAGCAACCAACAAAACCUUAACAGCCUGCAGGGAAAGAGGGACGCAGCCAGUAAAGAGAAAAAGCAAGCAGAAGGAAUUCUGACAGAGGGAGAGAAGAUGCUGGAUGAAGCCAGCACUCUCUCACAUGACAUCAACCAGGGCAAAGAGGAGCUGGAAGAGAUGGUGAGAGAGUUGGGCCCCCUACAUGAUAAACUGGAUUUUAAGGUGACGCAGUUGGGUCGUGGUCUGGAAGAUUCAGUCCCGGAGCUGCUACUGAGAGCGGAGAACCAUGCUGCACAGCUCAACGAGUCUGCCGGUAUUCUCGACAGCAUUCUUGCUGAUGCAAAGAACCUGUCCUUCAAUGCCACAGCCGCCUUCAAUGCAUACACCAACAUCAAGAACUACAUAGAUGAAGCAGAUAAACUGGCCAAAGAUGCUAAAAAAACCAGCAUGGAGGCUUUACAGCUGGCUUCAGAACCCAAAGGAUCUCUAAAAGAUCAGGCAAAGCGUUCCGUCCAGAAGAGCUACAAUCUCUGGAACGAGGCCAAAGAACUGCAGAACGACGUGAAAGAAAAUGGAGAGAAUCUUGGUGCUCUUCAGUUCAGACUGAAAGCGGCCGACAAAAAGAACAAAGACCUGCAUAAAGACCUGAAUGAUACAAUGGACAAACUCAAUGCCAUCCCUAACGAUCUGGCAGAUAAGAUACAAGCCACAAAAGUGAAGGCAGAAGAGGCCAAUGGCACGGCUCUAGACGUUCUGAAUUCUCUGAAGGACAUGAACUUAAACCUGAUGGGCUUGAAAAAGAACUACAGCAAACUGGAGGAUAACGUCAACAAAGCCAACAACCUAAUCAAAGAUCCAGAGAAAAACAUUCAUGCAGCCGGUGCUAAAGUGAAGGAUCUAGAGAAUGAAGCUGAUAGGUUACUGGAGAAACUAAAGCCAAUUCAGGAACUUCAGGACAACAUAAAGAAAAACAUCUCACAGAUUAAAGAACUCAUCAAUCAGGCCCGCAAACAGGCUAAUUCUAUCAAAGUGUCUGUAUCGUCCGGUGGAGACUGUAUUCGUACAUACCGCCCAGAGAUAAAGAAAGGCCGAUACAACACCAUUAUCCUGAAUGUGAAGACUGUUGCUGCUGAUAACCUGCUCUUCUACCUCGGUUCGGCCAAAUAUGUGGAUUUCCUGGCGAUUGAGAUGAGGAAGGGGAAGGUGAACUUCCUGUGGGAUGUGGGUUCCGGGGUGGGCCGUGUAGAAUAUCCUGAUCUCAUCAUCAAUGAUGGAAACUGGCAUCGAAUUGAAGCAUCACGUAUUGGGCUAAACGGCAGUAUCUCAGUGCACGCGUUGGAGGGGCCGAAGACGGGCAUCAUACCCACCCUGAGCAGUGCCAAAUCACCCGAGAGCUUCACUGUACUGGAUGUGGACCAUAACGCUUACCUGUUUGUGGGUGGCAUGCUGGGAUCAGUGAAGAAGGCAGAGGCUGUGAAAAUCACCACAUUCUCUGGCUGUAUGGGUGAGACGUCUCUGGAUGGAAAACCCAUCGGCCUGUGGAACUACAAAGAGAGAGACGGUGAUUGCGCUGGUUGUGUGGUCAGUCCUCAGCCCGCUGACACUGAAGGCACGGUGCAGUUUGAUGGAGAGGGUUAUGCAGCCGUCAGCCGUCCCACAAGAUGGAACCCCAAUGUUUCCACAGUGAUGUUCAAGUUCCGCACCUUUUCCACAGACGCUGUGAUGAUGUACUUUGCCACUAAGGACAUGAAAGACUUCAUAAGUGCAGAGCUGAGUGAUGGCAGGGUAAAGGUGAGUUAUGAUCUGGGAUCAGGCAACGGCUCAGUCACCAGUAACAAACGGCACAACGAUGGAAAAUGGAAAUCGUUCACUAUUUCCCGGAUGAAGAAAGAAGCAACCAUCACCAUAGUGAACAUUGAUAUGAAUGAAGAUGAGCAGUUGGUGAUGGCAUCUCCUGGUGGCGCUACAGGGCUCAACCUGAGGGAAGAUGAGAGGAUGUAUUUUGGAGGUCUACCCAAAGCUGGAAUUUAUAGGUCAGAGGUGCAGUUGAAGGGUUUCUCUGGCUGUAUGAAAGACAUAGAAGUUUCCAGAACUCCGUAUAAUUUGCUGAGCAGCCCAGACUACACCGGACUGAUCAAGGGCUGCUCUAUUGAGAAUCUACACACGGUGAGCUUCCCCAGACCCGGCUACAUGGAGCUGAAGCCCAUAUCCUUUGAUGUGGGGUCAGAGAUCACGCUCUCCUUCAGCACUAAGAGUGAAAACGGCAUCAUUCUGUUCGGCAGAGGAGGCGUGACCUCGAGGACACAGGGCCUGAUGCCCGUCCAUGUGUCACGCAGGCAACGCAGACAGACUGGAGAGCCCUUCCUGUCUGUACAGCUGAAUAAAGGAGCUCUGGAGGUGCUGGUGUUCACAGGCAGCAGGAACCCACGGAGAGCUCUCAGAAAACCAGACAAGGGAAUCCUGCAUGAUGGACGAGAACACUCACUGCGCAUCCAGAGACUCCAUGGAUCAUCUUUCACUGUGCAGGUGGAUGAAGAACCGCUGAUGCAGCAGGCGUUACCCAGCGAUCUUCCCAUGAGCAUCCACCGUCUCUUCAUCGGUGGAAUUCCAGUUGACAUAGAAACGGGUCUGCAGCGGCCCAACAUGCCGUUUGAAGGCUGCAUCUGGAACCUUCUGGUCAACACUGUCCCUGUGGAUUUCUCCCAACCAAUCGCCUUUGAGAACGCAGAGAUUGGUCAGUGCCCUGACUUGGCUCCACCCCCUCCCCCACCAGAGAUUCCUGAAGAAGAAGAGGAGGAGGAAGAGGCUUCAUCCAAACCAGCGCUCACACCAGAACCAGCUAAGCCACCACCAUCCUCCACUGCCACGCCCCCUGCAGAGGUCAUCCCCAUCCCAGACUCGCCCUCAAAAGUCAAAGAACCAAUGGUUUCCUGUGCAGCAGAGGCAGAGCCUGUAGUCCUGGAAUUGGCUAAACAGUUUGGUCUGACCAAAAACAGUCACAUGGCCUAUGAGUUUGAUGACAGAAAAGUUAAGAACAGGUUGAUCAUCGAGUUUGAGAUGCGGACAGAAGCAGACUCUGGUCUGGUGUUUUACAUGGCCAGAAUAAACCACGCUGACUUCGCCACUAUCCAGGUGAAGGAGGGAAUGGCUCACCUGAGCUACGAUCUGGGCAGCGGGAACACAUCCGUUAGCGUGCCACGCAUCAUCAACGACGGACAGUGGCACAAGAUCCGUGUGUUGAGAGAGAAGCAGAGAGGAAUUCUUACCAUCGAUGGCCGAUACUCCAAACAUACCAUCAGCCCAAAGAAAGCAGAUAUUCUGGACGUUGUGGGAAUGUUGUAUGUGGGGGGUUUACCUCUCAAUUACACCACCAAACGCAUCGGGCCUGUGCUGUACAGUAUCAACGCUUGCAUCAGGAACUUCAAGAUGCUGAAUCUGCCAUUAGACAUGGAAAACCCCACAUCCAGCUACCUCAUAGGCUCCUGUUUUGCUAACCCAGAAAAGGGAACUUAUUUUGAUGGCACUGGCUAUGCAAAAGCCGUGGCUGUGUAUCGUGUUGGUAAUGACGUAUCUGUGGAUCUGGAGUUCCGGACCGCACAGAACAGUGGUGUUCUGUUCGGCAUCAGUAGCCAGAAAAUGGACGGACUGGGUAUUGAACUCGUCAAUGGAAAGCUUUUAUUCCACGUUGAUAAUGGAGUGGGCCGAUUCACAGCAGUAUACGAGCCGGAUCAGGAGGCAGGGCUUUGUGAUGGACAGUGGCAUACUGUCUCCGCCAACAAGCUGAAGCAUCGCCUAGAGCUCAUUGUGGAUGGCAAGAAGUCUGAGGCAGCAAGUCCAGAUAUCCGCUCCGCUUCUGCCGACACAAACGACCCUGUGUAUGUAGGAGGAUACCCCGAGGGUCUGAAGCAGUUUGGACUGACUACAAACACAGCAUUUAAAGGCUGCAUGAGAAAUGUGAAGAUCACUAAAGCUGGGAAGGUUCUGGAUGUUCAAAUGAACAAAGCCCUGGAGCUCAGAGGAGUUCAACCUCUCACCUGUCCCGCUAACUAAACACACACACACACACACACACACACACACACACACACACACACACACACACACACACACACACACACACACACACACACACACACACACACACACACACACACACACACACACACACUCAAUCACA